AUGUCUCGUUGCGUAAAGUGUUUUGGCGGAAACAAGGUUCUUCAACGUAAAUUAGUUAUAUUGGGUGAUGGUGCGUGUGGAAAGACUUCAUUAUUGAAUGUGUACACUAGGGGUUAUUUCCCGCAGGUCUAUGAGCCAACAGUAUUCGAGAACUAUGUACAUGACAUGUGGAUUGACAACCAACAGAUUGAACUAUCGUUGUGGGAUACUGCAGGUCAAGAGGACUUUGACAGAUUACGGUCAUUAUCUUAUGCAGAUACACAUGUGAUCAUGUUAUGCUUUGCAGUUGAUUUAAGAAACUCGUUAGAAAACAUCGAGUAUAAGUGGAUGGAUGAGAUCCUGGAACACUGCCCGGGAGUAAAGAUCGUGUUGGUUGCAUUGAAAUGCGAUUUACGAGAAGAUGAAAAUACCAUACGAAGCUUAGCACGAAUGGACGAAAGGCCUGUGGCGUAUGAGGAGGGUCUAGUAGUUGCAAAAAGGAUCCACGCAUCCAGAUAUCUCGAAUGCUCAGCAAAACAUAACAGAGGUGUAAGAGAGGCCUUUGAACAGGCAGCAAGAGUAAGCAUUAGUGCAAAGCCUAGAGGAUCAUCGGGGGCCCAAAGGCGGAGUAGAUGUGCUGUACUGUGA